UUUUAGUAUGAGCCCGAAUUGUCAUUCGGUUCGAAUCAAUUUCAUAACCAUCUCUUCUCCCCCGUCUCUCUAUCUGCGGGCAAAACUCUCUCUGUUAUCAGAAUCUCCUCCGACACGGAGAUCGCUAGCGGAGGCAGAAAGGGACAGCCUAUAAAUUCCACAUACUCAUUCACCGUCGAUUAAAGACCUUCAUCAUCAUCCUCUUCUAUCACCGACUUCCGAUGUUUUAAUUUUGUAAAGAAAUUGUCAAAUCUCAGGUUACAAUGGACAUGGAAUGGUCUGAUUCAAGGUAUGAACAUGAAGAGAGAGAUGAUUCUCCAAUGAGAGAGCCCCAGGAUGGAGGGGCUUUUGAUGAUUUGGAAGAGAAUGGAAUAGAGAAAUUGGGAAAGCAUAGGAGCAAGGAUAGGAAGAAGGGUAGCCGAGGGGAAGAGAAAGAACAUAGAAGUAAAGAUAGAGAGAGGUCAAAGAGGAGUGGUGAUGAUCUUUUGAAAGAGAGGGAGAAAGAGGCUAAAGAUUCUGAAAAAGAGCGGGUCUCCAGCAGGGAAAGGAGGAAGGAUGAUAGAGAUGAGCGUGAUAGGGACAGGAGUAAAGAUAUCAAGGUAAGAGAGAAAGAUUAUGAUCGAGAGAAGUACAGAGAAAAAGAGCGUGAAAGGGAAAAAGAUCGAAAAGAUCGAGGGAAAGAAAAAGACCGUGAGAAGGAGAGGGAGGUAGAGAAGGAUAGUGAUCGAGGACGAGACAAAGAUAGGGGAAAGGAGAAGAGCAGGGAUAGGGAUAAAGAAAGGGAAAAGGAAAGGGAUAGAGAUAAAGAUAGGGAAAAGGAAAAGGAUCGGGACAAGGUAAAGGAAAAGGAAAGGGAAAGAGACAGAGAGAAACAUAAAGAUCGAGAAAAGGGAAGAGAAAGUUAUAAGGAAGGUGACAAGGAGAAGGGGAAAGAGAAAACUAAGGAGAAGGAGAGGGAAGCAGAUCAAGACAAGGAUAAAUUGAGAGAUAGAGAUAGUAAGAGAAGCUCUGAGGAUGAUUAUGAUUGGAGCAAGGAUGGUGGAAAAGAGAAUAAAAGUAAGUUAGAUGAUGACGAUGGUGAACAAAUUGCUGAGGACUUAGCAGGUGGUGCACACCCAUCAUCAACACACCUCGAGGAACGUAUUUUGAGAAUGAGAGAAGGAAGAUUGAAGAAAAAAACAGAAGAUGUUUCAGAUAUUUUAGCUUGGGUUAAUAGGAGCCGCAAACUUGAGGAGAAAAAGAAUACUGAGAAGGAGAAAGCUUUGCAGCUCUCAAAGAUUUUUGAGGAACAGGACAAUAUUGGUCAAGAAGAAAGUGAAGAUGAUGAGGAGGCAGCUCAGCAUAAUGCUCGUGAUCUGGCAGGAGUUAAAGUUCUUCAUGGUAUUGACAAAGUAUUGGAUGGUGGCGCUGUUGUUUUGACACUCAAAGAUCAGAAUAUUCUAGCUGAUGGUGAUGUUAAUGAAGAUAUUGAUAUGCUUGAGAAUGUGGAGAUUGGAGAACAGAAGAGGCGAGAUGAUGCUUACAAGGCUGCAAAGAAGAAAACGGGAAUAUAUGCUGAUAAGUUUAAUGAUGACCCUAAUUCAGAAAAGACAAUGCUUCCACAGUAUGAUGAUCCAGCCACAGAUGAGGGGGUAAUUCUGGAUGAGAGAGGACGCUUCACUGGUGAAGCAGAGAAGAAACUUGAAGAGCUACGUAAAAGGUUACAAGGUGUUCCUAAAAACAAUCGCUAUGAAGAUCUCAACUUGCCUGGAAAGGUCUCAUCUGAUUAUUUUACCCCUGAAGAAAUGCUUCAAUUCAAAAAACCCAAGAAAAAGAAAUCUUUGAGGAAGAAGGACAAGCUAGAUAUAGAUGCGCUUGAAGCCGAAGCAGUCAAUGCAGGACUAGGUGUUGGUGAUCUUGGUUCUCGCAAUAAUUCGAAGAGGAAGGCUAUUCUAGAGGAGCAAGAAAGAGCAGAGGCAGAUAGGAAAAAUCAAGCAUACCAGUUAGCCUAUGCUAAAGCGGAUGAGGCAUCUAAGACACUAAGACUGGAACAGACACUUCCUGUUAAAUCUGAGGAAGAUGAAACUCCAGUCGCUGGAGAUGAAGAUGAGGACCUCUACAAGUCUCUAGAGAGAGCAAGAAAAUUGGCUCUUAAAAAGAAAGAAGAGGCACCAUCUGGUCCUGAGGCUAUUGCACUCCUUGCUGCCAACAAUGCUGGCGGUCAGAAUGCAGAUGAUGGAGCAGCCAAAACUGGAGAGUCCCAAGAAAACAGGCUUGUCUUUUCAGAGAUGGAAGAGUUUGUCUGGGGUCUCCAGCUUGAGGAAGAAGCCCAGAAGCCUGAUGGCGAAGAUGUUUUUAUGGAAGAAGAUGAAGAACCAAAGGCUUCUGAUGAAGAAAUAGUAGUUGAGGCUGGUGGGUGGACUGAAGUUAAAGAUGUUGAAAAAGAUGAAAAUCCUAGUAAUGAUGAUAAGGAGGAGAUAGUACCAGAUGAAACUAUCCAUGAAGCUGCUUUUGGAAAAGGACUAUCAAAUGCGUUGAAGCUGCUCAAAGACCGAGGAACACUGAAGGAAGGCCCUGACUGGGGUGGCAGAAACAUGGACAAAAAGAAGAGCAAACUUGUUGGCAUUGUAGAUGAUGAUGAGCCAAAGGAGACUAACCCAGCUCGUUAUAAAAGGGAUGAACAGAGGGAGACACGUGGCUAUCAAAAGGAGACUCACCCAGCUAAGGUUUAUCAAGAAAAGGAUAUUCACAUUGAAAGGACAGACGAAUUCGGUCGGAUUUUGACUCCAAAGGAAGCUUUUCGGAUUAUCUCACAUAAGUUCCAUGGGAAAGGACCUGGUAAAAUGAAGCAAGAGAAACGCAUAAAGCAAUACAACGAAGAAAUGAAGUUGAAGCAGAUGAGGAGUUCAGAUACACCGUCUCUAUCUGUGGAGAGGAUGAGGGAAGCCCAAGCUCAGUUGAAAACACCUUACCUUGUUCUCAGUGGUCAUGUUAAACCAGGGCAAACGAGUGACCCCAGAAGUGGUUUUGCUACUGUUGAGAAGGAUCUUCCUGGGGGUCUGACUCCAAUGCUUGGUGAUAGAAAGGUUGAACAUUUCCUGGGGAUAAAGCGCAAAGCUGAGCCAUCAAAUUUAGGGCCAACCAAGAAGCCUAAAUCUUGAAAGUUUUUACGUGAUAUUAUUUUUGAGCUGCUGAUGAACUGCAGAGGCAAAUGGUAAACUGUAUAAAACUUGGGAGCAAAGUUUCAUUUGUGUCUUUUGCUACUCUGUAAAUAACCUUUCAUAUUAUGACAAAAAGUUAGUCAAAAUCUUUUUUUCGGAUAAUACAGUGAUGAAGUUUUAGUUGC